CAUUGCCUUAUCACAAUCUCACAAACACACAACAACACGGCAGUACAACAAUUCCCCUCCGAUUGUGACUGUAGGUCGAAACGAACUGCCCGACAAAUCAACCAACCAGUACGCUGUCAUUCGCCUUCCCUGUAACGUUGCGUUCGCUGUUGCUCGCUGCCUGUGAAAGAUGGCAUCAUCGACUGACGUUCAAAUGCCACAAACAAAUCCCAAAUGGGUUAAAUCGUUGACAAUAAGCAUAAAAUAUGACUCUAUAGAGUCUAGCUUGAAAGUGGACGAAAGGUCAAUGAUUAGAGAUUACGAGGAGCUCCGGUGGUUUAUCAUAAAAAAUCGCUCCUAUGAUCAUGUGGUGCAAUAUUCGGUGUAUUACGAUGACGAAACUGGAAUGAGGAUUCAAAUUACUACGGAACGUGGAUAUCGAACCUUUAUGCGAGAGCAUGCAAAUAAACACGCGCGCAUCGUUGUGCUGGUGGAACGUGUACGAAGAAACGAACCUCAUACAGAGAGCGUGGGAGGAAUCAUCCAGACAGUUUUUGGCGCUUUUUACCCAAUAAUAAGGGCGAUCACAGGUUAAGGUGGAAUCUGAUUUUCAAUGUUCGCUUGUUCGCUAGGCACGACACAAAUUUGUGACAUUUUUUUUGGUCAGAAUAAAUUUGCUAAAACUUUAAAAAAUAA